CCAUAGAAUAAGAGAUGUAGAACGCGGAAGUUACGUUCCUGAUAGUUUUCCUCUCGUUCCCUGUCAACAAUUGACGAUAAUUAAUCUUAGCUACUCUACAACUUUCAAAGAUCCACCUACCACAUGGGCCUACAAUGGCUGAACCCAAGCCCAUGGAGUCCCCGGGUUCUGGCUGUGGUGUUCCAUCACAGAGAAGCUCACAGCAGGGUCCAGAGAUGGUGUCAGUGAAGCUGGAGGACUGCAGUCAACCACUGGAAGUCAAUGAGAUUGUGAUAGGGGAAGAGAGAGAACUUAAAGUAGAACUUAAAGAAGAAGAAGAAAAGGUGGUGGAGGAGAAGAGUCAGAGGAGAAGAAAGAGAGAGGAGUGAAAGAGGAAGCUGAGAUACAAGUCAAAGAAGAGGAGAACAGAGAAGUUUCUGCUCCAGAUCUAGACAAAGAGGAGCAAGAAGUAGAUAGUAUCACUGACCCAGAAGAGAUUUCCAACCCAGGUUCAGACAGUGAGCCCAGUUCCACAGCAUCAGGAAACCAUAAACAACACAGACAGAGGAACUCAAGACAGAAACAUCACCACUGCAUGGACUGCUUCACUAGUUUCUAUGAGCCAAAGGAGUUGAAGACACACUUGUAGGCCCCAACCCUGCUCAGACUGCAGAGACAGUUUUAUUUGUCCAAUUUACCUUAAAUCACCCCAACAGACUCUAAAAAGAAAGAAAACGUACCCCUGUGGUCAAUGGGGGAAUAGCAAACUAAAGAUGCACCAAGUAACUCAAAGGGAACGAGUUGCUCUUUUUGUGGGAAGAGUUUUCCCUCUUUUACAGACCUUAAAUAGAUACCAGCUGAGCCACACAGGAAAGAAGCCUUUUCACUGCUCACAGUGUGGGAAGGGUUUCUGAUGGUCAUAAAAUAUGAAUACACACUGGUUAAAGUAUCACAGGCCUGACACUGGACUGUUGCUUUAGAAGAAAGUCGACUUCAAACCACAGAAGUAAAACAUGCAAACACAUGUUAUUAUGUAAAUAGCAUUUACCAACCGCAACUGUUAUGUGAAAAUAGAGCAGGGGUUCUUGCGUUAACAUGAACACUACUUGUCAUCAGUACUCAGUAUUUACUUACCCUGUAUUAUCACUUCAAUUCUGGGCAACAUGUAAUAAUUUCUUUAGUAUCCGGUAAAAACUCUGGAUGUCUAACAAAUGAUGGCACAUGGUAAUUCAUAUGUUAGUACCACUGCUGCAAACAAAACAUCCACACACCAAUGCUAACGAUGCUAGUUAACUUUGCCAGCUUGCUCCAUCUAUGACUGGCCUGUCCUGACCCCUUUUUUUUAUAGAGUUUAACUAUUUAAUUAUGUAGCGUUUUGGUAGUGGCAGAAGGGAAGAAGUAUCAAUACUAUAUAAUUUGCAGCUGCCUUAUAUAUUUUUGAUUUAUUGGAAAGCCGUUGAGUUGCUGGCUCCAUACCUACAGUAUCUAACUGACGGCAGCACAAAUAUAACGUCACUUCCGUUUUAGAAACGCGGGCGGAAGUUUACGUUCCUGCUUCUUUUCGUCGCGUGUCCUUACUCAACCAAGCAACUGACGAAAAGGGCUAUUUUUAAAGAUCCACCUACCUUCUAACCUGCCAUGGCUGAACCCAAGUCCAUGGAGUCCCCAGGUUCUAGCUGUGGUGUUCCAUCACAUAGAAGCUCACAGCAGGGUCCAGAGAUGGUGUCAGUGAAGCUGGAGGACUGCAGUCAAACACUGGAACUUAAUGUGAUUGUCAAAGAGGAAGAAGAGGAGACAGAAAUCCAAGAAGAGGUGGAGGAGAGAGCAGUCAAAGAAGAAGAGGUAGAGGAGAGAGCUGUCAAAGAAGAAGUGGAGGAAAGAGCAGUCGAAGAAGAAGAAGAGGAGGAGGAAAGAGCAGUCAAAGAAGGAGAGGUGGAGAAGAGAGCAGUCAAAGAAGAAGAGGUGGAGGAGAGAGCAGUCAAAGAAGAAGAAGAGGAGGAGGAAAGAGCAGUCAAAGAAGAAGAAGAGGAGGGUGAAAGAGCAGUCAAAGAAGAAGAAGAAGAGGAGAACAGGGAAGUGUCUGCUCCAGAUCUAGAGGAAGAGGAGGAAGUAGAUAGUAUCACUGACCCAGGAGAGAGCUCCAACCCAGGUUCAGACAGUGAGCCCAGUUCCACAGCAUCAGGAAACCAUAAACAACACAGACGGAGAAACUCAAGACAGAAACAUCACCACUGCAUGGACUGCUUCACUAGUUUCUAUGAUCCAGAGGAGUUGAGAAGGCACACUUGUAGGCCCCACCCCUGCUCAGAUUGCAGAGACAGUUUUAUUUGUCCAAUUCACCUCAAAUCAAAACCGACAAAAAAAAGAAAGACACACCCAUGUGGUCAAUGUGGAAAGAGUUUUCAGACCCCAAGCAAACUAAACAUACACCAGCGAACUCACACAGGGGAGAAACCUUUCCAUUGCUCUGUUUGUGGGAAGAGUUUCUCUCUUUCACAGAACUUAAAUAGACACCAAAUAACUCACACAGGAAAGAAGCCUUUCCUCUGCUCUCAGUGUGGGAAGAGUUUCAGUCAUUCAUCAACUCUGAAGACACACCAGCUAAUUCACACAGGAGAGAAGCAUCAUCACUGCUCUCAGUGUGGGAAGGGUUUCAGUCGGGCAGGAGACCUAACGAGACACCAGUUCACUCACACAGGAAAUAAACUUUUCCACUGCUCUCAGUGUGGGAAUGGUUUCAGUCGAGUAGCAGCCCUGAAGGUACACCAGCAAACUCACACCGGAGAGAAGCCUUACCACUGCUCAGUUUGCGGGAUGAGUUUUUCCCUUUUACAGACCCUAAAUAGACACCAGCUUACGCACACACGAGAGAAGCCUAAUCACUGCUCUGAGUAUGGGAAAGGUUUCGGUCACUCAUCAAAUCUGACGACAUAUCUGUUAAAGUGAGUUCUGCUGCUUUUGUUAUGGGAAUAGGACCCCCCCCCCAAAAUAGGUCAGGGGUUCUGGCAUUAAUGUCCACACAACUUGUCUCUGGAUCACUGCUCAGCGGUUACCUAACCUAUUGUUUUACCACUUCAACCCUGGGUAACAUCUUAUAAACCUUGAGUAUCAUGUAAUAAACACUGGAUGUCUAAUAAAUGAUGGUAAUCAUGGGUAUAAUAGGUAGAUAUUUGUGGAGGUGAAGGAAGAAUGGGUGACAACCUUUUAACUUGGGUGUCAUAUUAUAAACACUAGCUAUAUUAUGAAAUAAAAAUGAUAGUGGCGAAAG